AUGGACACAUGGGAUGAGGUAACACUUUGUGGAGCAGCAGAGAAGGCCAGUCGGCUGGGACAGUCAGAAAGGAUGGGAAUAUCUAGUGGAGCAGGAGGGAAGGCCAGUCAGCUGGGACAGUCAGAAAGGAUGGGAAUAUCUGGUGGAGCAGUAGGGAAGGGCAGUCGGCUGGGACAGUCGGAAAUGAUGGGCAUAUCUAGUGGAGCAGUAGGGAAAGGCAGUCGGAUGGGACAGUCAGAAAGGAUGGGAAUAUCUGGUGGAGCAGUAGGGAAGGGCAGUCGGCUGGGACAGUCAGAAAGGAUGAGAAUAUCUGGUGGAGCAGUAGGGAAGGGCAGUCGGCUGGGACACUCAGAAAGGAUGGGAAUAUCUGGUGAAGCAGUAAGGGAAGGGCAAUCGGCUGGGACAGUGAGAAAGGAUGGAAUAUUUGGUGGAGCAGUAGGGAAAGGCAGUCUCCUGGGACACUCAGAAAGGAUGGGAAUACCUGGUGGAGCAGUAGGGAAGGGCAUUCGGCUCGGACAGUGA